ACUUUGCACCGAGCCGCUCGGACCUCGGAUCGCAGUCGCCGUUGUGCCACGUACUACACAAGCUCACACGCAUGAAGACCAUUCCCGCAAGCGAGUACUACGUCCCGCGCGUCACCCAGUGGUGGACGCAGCUUGCGCUCAUCAACUUUGUCAUCUUCAUCGCCGAGUCGUCGCGGGGCAUCGUCAUGCCGACGCUCUUCCUCUACUGCCAGUCGCUUGGCGGCGGUCUCUACGAGAUGGGCCUUUUAACCUCCGUCUACAGCGUCGGUCGCCUCAUUUCAUCGACGGUCUUUGGCUAUCUCUGCGACAAGCACUCGUUCCGCGCCGUGUACAUUGCGUCGGCCAUCAUUGGCUUCGCCGGCAACAUUGUCUACUUUGUCCCGAGCACGCGUGCGCUCAUCAUCAGCCGCUUCUUCGUCGGCGUGAGCUCCGGCAACCUCAGCGUGUGUCGGUCCAACGUCGCCGCCAUGACGACCGUCGACGUUCGGCUCAAAUACCUGACGAUCCUCGCGAUCUCCGUGUACUUUGGCUAUGCGCUCACGCCCGGCCUCGACGGCUUCAUGACGGGCAUCGACUACCACAUCCUGGGUCUUCCGCUCAACGAGCUCACAGCGCCGGGACUGCUGCUCGUGCUCUUGAACUUGGUCACAAUCGUGCUCAUGUUGUGCAUCUACGACGACUCGAUCGGCGUCCAGGACGCGCCGGAAGCCGCGGUCGACGAGACACAGAAGAAGACAUCGUCGCCCAUGGACGCAUUCGUGCUCUCGGACACGCUUGUGUACGCCGGGGUUGUCCUCUUCAUCAUGCUCAACGUCGUCGCGCGCGGCGUGCUCUCGAUCUACGAGACGAUCAACGUCCCGCUGUUCGUGCAAGUGACGGGCGACUCGCACGAGAAUGUGAUCGUCGCCGCGUCGACGUUCCAGUUCAACCUCGGUCUCCUUGGGCUGCUGGCGUACGUGGCCAUUGAGAUCUGGCACCACGUCAUCUCGGACGUCAAGCUGCUCGUGAUUGGCUUUGCGGGCCUCGGUCUUGGCAACUUGAUUCUGGCGCUGCACGCGACACCGACGUACACGGAGCUCUGGACGGGCGUCUUCUUCCUCUGGAGCGUGGGUAGUCCCAUUACGACCGCGGUGUGCGUCUCGGCCUUCUCCAAGAUCCUCGGGACGCGCCAGCAAGGCAAGUGGAUGGGCAUCUUGGGCUCGGCGGCCUCGGUGUCGCGCAUCAUCAUGCCGAUGCUGCCAGCAGCCUUUGCAACGUUUACGCCUGUCUUUUGGAUGGACGUCGUGCUCUGUGCUUUGAGUAUUGUCAUGCUCGUUGCGUACGACGCCGCGGUGCAGCACGAGAAGACGUCGACGCGCGGCGAUGCGUUGCUGAUGCAGUCGAAGCACGCCGACUAUGCGAGCGUCGCCCAUGCGUAGCGAGCAGUGAGUUACAGACAACGAAGCUUUUUGAUUGGAG